CUCCGCGCUGCGCCCCGAGCGCCGGUUGCUGAUCCUCCUCCUGCUGCUCCGGCCGCCGUGGUCAUGGCGUGGAUGGGGGUAGAGGGCGAAGACGGCGGGCUCCUGGCCGGGGUGUGGCAGGCCUUGCUGGCCGCGGUGGCGGCCGCCUUCAUGACCUGGCUGUGGUUCGGGGCCGGUGGUGGCGGCGGCGGCGACGGAGACGGGCAACAGAAAACGGCUGAGGAGUCCAAAGAACCAUUUCAGAGAACCGGUGAUGGUGUCCUUUCAGAAACAAAACCAGCAUGUAUGUCCAGCCCACAAGAGCCAUUGGAAAACCAUGUUACACUCUCCGGACAUCAUCAUACCCCUGACGGUUUCGUACAGCCUCCUGAAUUAGAAGUAGAGGUCAAAGAACCUAUAAUCCCAUUCAUGAACUGCUCCGAAUAUCUCAGGAGCGAAGCACCCAGUCCCCCCAAGACAGCCUCCAAACUGCCCCAAAGCCAUGAAGUGGAACGCCGGGAGGAGAGAACGUCAGCCCAAGUAGGCAGCUCUGGUGAUAAGACUGAGGAGAAACUCAACCAAGACCUGGGUCCAGAAACUCCAGAUCCUGAAGAUGCUGAGGCCACCUGGAAACCUCCCACAGAUGACGUUGGCAACAAGGACUCGGAACAAGGGAAGAGAAUCGCGGCUGUGCCUCCCAUGCCUCAGACUGUCCAUGUGGUCUUCCGUGUCCACUACAUCACUCAUUUGGAAGCCCAGCAGAUCGCGAUCACAGGGGACCACGAGUGUCUGGGCCAGUGGCGCCAUUACAUACCCCUCCGGUGUGACAAAGAUGGCUUCUGGUCAGACUCUGUGGUUCUACCGUUUGAUACCAGCGUUGAGUGGAAGUUUGUCUUGUUGGAGAGUGGCAAGGUGGUGCGAUGGGAAGAGUGCUCCAACCGAAGGCUAGUAACUGAACACGAAGAUCAGGUGGCCCAUAAGUCCUGGGGGUACCACUGAACACAAGGAGUAUAUCUCUCUGUCUUUACUUACCUAUCUUAGUGCUCCUCCUUGCUGUGUUGUUUUACUAGUACUGCCUCAUAGUCGAAUCUUUCUUCCGCUAGGCUGGGCUUCAAGUUAGAAACGAGUUUUUCAAAUGAAAUCAAACCCAAGAACUCCUUAAUAGCAAACAAGUUAGGUGCUGUAGUGGCCGAUGUUUCAGAAUAAAACACUUUUAACUCCCAAGUGGACAUUGUAUUGUGUGAAGAGACAGGUGUGUGAAUCAGGGACGCUGGACAUAAGAAAAUGAUAGUUCGACUGCUCUGUAACUGUUCUAAAACAUUGUUAGUUUAUGAUGUCUGCAUCCGAAAGCAAUAAAGAUGGACUUUUUACAGUGAUGGUUGGCAUAUACGCAGAAGCCUUUAUUGGGAUUCAACAAAUAUGUAAUACAAACAAAAUGAGGAUAAUGAGUAAGUAAGGGAGGGAAAGGAGAAAAAAGUGUAGGGAAAAAGGGAAAGGGAAAGCAUUGACUUUAGACUCCUUUUGGUGCAGUAGAAUAAUUUAGUAACAUAAAACCUCAACUUUUGACUCUUAUAAUAUAUACCAGCCAUUUCUAUAACAGUAAACAUAUCAAAUCAGCAAAAAUCAACAUCAAAGUUUCAUAUUUUCCCCACCUCAAGCACAAAGUCCAGUACUGGUUUCCAAGUUGAAGAUGGCUGGUUUUUAUAUUUUGGGUGCUAAAUAAGGAGUGGUCUUGAUUUGGGUGCAUUUUAUCUGGGAGACCCUCCUAAGCAUCGCUGGAGGGCACAUAUAUGUGCAACUCGUUUGAUUUUGAAAAGCUGCCCUUUUGCCAUGUCUGCCCUGUGCCCAGCACAGUCUUAGGCAUGAUAUUAAUUCAUUAAAAUA